AUGCCUGCCGCACUCACCCCUCCUGUCCCACAGGUCAAGGCCAUUGCGCCUGAAGCACCCAAGAAGAGAAAGGUCAUCUGCUUCUCAGAUUUCGAUGGAACAAUUUUCAUGCAAGAUACCGGCCACGUGCUGUUCGACGCUUACGGCUGUGGUUCCAAGAAACGCGAGAUGCUCGACGAACAAAUCAAAACUGGCGAGCGAUCCUUCAGAGAUGUAUCAGAAGAGAUGUGGGGUUCCUUGAAUGUCCCCUUCGAUGACGGAUUUGAGGUCAUGGAGAAGACGCUCGAGAUCGAUGUCGAUUUCCAGUCCUUCCACAAGUGGUGCCUGGCCAACGAAAUCCCGUUCAAUGUCAUCUCCGCCGGUCUGAAGCCGAUUCUCCGCAAGGUCCUUGACACUUUCCUCGGCGAGGAAGAGUCGUCUCACAUUCAGAUCAUUGCCAACGAUGCCGAGAUCAAGGAGGAUGGUUCGUCGUGGAAGCCCAUCUGGAGACACGACACUGAGCUCGGCCACGACAAGGCCCUCUCCGUCAACGAGGCUCGCGCAGCGGCCGAGCUGACGUGCGACGACGGUACCAUUCCCCUCAUUGUCUUCAUCGGCGACGGUGUCUCGGAUCUGCCCGCCGCCCGCGAGGCUGAUGUCCUCUUUGCCCGCCGCGGUCUGCGUCUCGAGGAGUACUGCGUCGAGCACAAGAUCAAGUAUAUUCCCUUUGACACGUUUGCCGACAUCCAGACCAAGCUCGAGGAGAUCCGCAAGGAGGACGAGGAGAAGACCGCAGGUCAUGGUCUGCCGGCCAUCUUCAACCCCCGUGCCAACAUGUGGCGCCGUGUGUCGAGCAAGCAGGCCAUCCCUCGCUUUGCCGUCAUGUCGCCCUCCAAGGAGGAGAAGAUGUUCCUCUGGCCCGAGGCCUACACGGAGCUCAAGACUCCCGCCAUUACCGAGGUCAAUGAGAUUGAUCCCAUGACCCGGGUUCAGGCAUAA